UCAUCUCUAGAUCAAGAACACGCUGGGCAAAACGUAAACAAACAAAAAUCCAAAUAAAUAAAGCAGUUGUUGUCAGGAAUCUAAACAAUGAGUGACACAGAAGAAAUUAAAAAUGAGACUGCCAAAAUUGUAUUUAAAAAGAAAUCACGAAAGAAUCUUAGGCAACGCAAGAAUUCCGACGAUGACGACAAAGAAGAACAGCUGACACUGGAUGAGAUAAAGGAGCGACAACGUCUACGACAGCGGCCCAAUGGUGUCAGUCUUGUGGGUUUGGCUUUGGGCAAGAAAAUUGCACCUGAGGAGGAAUUGGCCAUCAAGGAUCCGUUUAAUGUGAAAACCGGCGGCCUUGUCAAUAUGCAGACUCUCAAAUCGGGCAAAAUGAAGGAAGCCGAUGAUGCCUACGAUGUGGGCAUAGGCACACAAUUUUCGGCCGAGACCAAUAAACGCGACGAGGACGAGGAGAUGAUGAAAUACAUUGAACAGGAGCUACAAAAGCGCAAAGGUGGCGCAACAGAUGCCGACACAGGCGGAGACAACGAUGAUAGCGAUGCCCACAAAUACCUGACACCUGAAGAUGCUGCCCUCUAUGCACUGCCCGAUCAUUUGCGCCAAUCGUCAUCACACCGAUCAGAGGAAAUGUUGUCCAAUCAAAUGCUUAAUGGUAUUCCAGAAGUUGAUUUGGGCAUCCAGGCCAAAAUACGUAAUAUUGAGGCCACCGAGGAUGCCAAGCAAAAACUAUUGCAAGAUGCCAAGAACAAAAAGGAUGGACCAUCUCAGUUUGUGCCCACAAAUAUGGCAGUCAACUUCAUGCAGCAUAAUCGAUUUAACAUCGAGGAUAACAAUGAACAGCGUAGACGAAAACGUGAGGAAAAAGAUGGCAAUAAAGCGGCCCAUCAUCAAACGAAUCCGAAUGGUGUCAAACGGGCCACAGACGAUUAUCAUUAUGAUAAAUUUAGGAAACAAUUUCGUAGAUAUUAAGAUUCAAAAUAGAAUAUUUCAUAAUUGUAAUUCUCUUCUAAUCACUAAAUAAAAUUGUAUAUUCUAAAUCUUUAAAUGAA